AUGUGUGCUGUUGUUCGAGGUUCUUCCGGCUACAACAAUGGCUACAAGAAUGGCUACAACAAUGGCUACAAUGGACACACCGGUGGCUACGGCUACAAUGGGUACAGCCGAUCAGCUCCAAGUUCACGAUGGGCUUCUUCCAACAAUAGCAGCAACACUGAUGACAGCCGACGGUUCAUCCAAAAGCUCUCUCAAAGCAAGGGUGGCACAGCUGCACCGAGAACUGAGUUAGAGAUGAAAGCUUCUUUCGACGUCCGAUUGAAAGGUGACCAGUUGACGCGACAGAUUCUUGAAUGCAAAGACCAGUGGCAGCAAUGCUGGGGUGCUGCUGCCGAUUUGCGGCCAGAGGAGGGCAUUGUUGUUUCUCAAGCUCGUGUAGUUGUUUCAGGUGCUGGUGCUAUUGAACCCGUAGAGAGAGCAUGA